AAAGCCACAACACACCGCUCCGUCUCUCCGUCCCAUUCCCUUCUUCCUCUUUCUUUCUUUCUCUCUCUACCUCCUUCUCCUGUUCUCUGUCUAGGGUUUCAACGAAACCUGCAUCUGCCAUUGUAGCUCUAUCCUUCAACUCGUGUUACUAUUCUUCUUCUUGUAUUUCCAUUUCUCUCUAUAUUUUUUAGUUUAGUCUGCAUCUAGGGUUAUUUUUAGCUCUACUCUGUAUCUCGCUCUGUUUCUUCGUCCUCUUCUAUUCUCUCUCUACAAUUUCACCUUUGCAAUUCUCUCUCUCUCUCUCUCUUUCUCUCCAUCGACUUCUUCUUGCAGGGGAUUAUCCUCGGCCUUGCCCAUGGAAGAACAUCAGGAUCAGAACUCUGCAAAUACCAGCACCAACAAUCCGAACCCCGCAAAUACCAGCACCAACAAUCCGAAACCCGUAGAUGAAAUUAUCCCUUCCAACGGUCCUAUCAAAAUAGAAGAUCAAGCCCUAGAGGCCAAAUCAGAUCGCAUCAAAAUUCCAUUAUCAUGUAAAGUGGAUGUCUUGAGUAGCAAACUCCAGAUCUUGAAGAAACAGCACAUGGACCUCUCAGAAGACGCAAAGAGCAUCACUCUAUAUUUUCCUGGAAUUGAAAUUUUCUCUGCGUUUCGAGAUUUGGAGGUUCGUUAUGAUCUGAUCAAGAAGAAAUACAUGGAAGAAAGUAUCGAAAGAAAGCGUCUAUAUAAUCAAGUUAUCGAGCUCAAAGGCAAUAUCAGGGUAUUUUGCAGAUGUAGACCCCUAAAUUCAGAAGAAAAAUCAAGUGGGUCACCUUUGAUUGUAGAUUUCGACCCUUCUCAGGACUCAGAAUUGCAUAUUGUGUCUUCUGAUUCUUCAAGAAAACAGUUCAGAUUUGACCAUGUCUUUGGCCCUCACGACACCCAAGAGGCGGUUUUUACACAGACCAAGCCCAUUGUUAUUUCAGUUUUGGAUGGUUACAAUGUGUGCAUAUUUGCAUAUGGUCAGACUGGCACUGGAAAAACUUUCACAAUGGAAGGGACACCAGAGGACCGAGGUGUCAACUACAGGACAUUGGAGGAGCUGUUUCAUAUUUCUAGAGAGAGAAAGGCAACCAUGAAAUAUGAUCUAUCAGUGAGCAUGCUUGAGGUCUAUAAUGAAAGGAUCAGAGAUCUUCUUGUAGAGAAUGGAGAUGCAUCCAAGAAGCUUGAGAUAAAGCAAGGAGAAGGAGCACAACAAAUACCAGGUUUGGUAGAAAAAGGUGUGAACGAUACGGAGGAGGUUUGGGAGAUAUUGAAAGCAGGAGGAGAAGCCAGAGCAGUUGGCUCCACUAAUGCCAAUGAAUUCAGCAGUCGCUCUCACUGUUUGGUUCGAGUAAGCGUGAGGUCAGAGAACCUAGUGGGCGGAGAGGUGACAAAGAGCUAUCUUUGGCUGGUGGACUUGGCCGGGAGUGAGCGCCUGGGCAAGACUGAUGUUCAGGGAGAGAGGCUCAAGGAGUCUCAAUGCAUCAACAAGUCCCUCUCGGCACUCGGAGAUGUCAUCUCUGCUCUCGCCUCUAAGUCCUCUCAUGUUCCAUACAGGAAUUCAAAGCUGACACAUUUGCUGCAGAGCUCACUCGGGGGAGAUUCCAAAACACUAAUGUUUGUGCAGAUAAGCCCAACUGCAGCAGAUAUGGGAGAGACACUCUGUUCUCUAAAUUUUGCAACAAGAGUUCGUGGAAUUGAGACUGGUCCUGCUCGAAAACAAUCCGACCCAAUCGAAUUCUUCAAGUAUAAACAGAUGGCUGAGAAACUGAGACAUGAUGAGAAAGAAACAAGGAAAAUGCAGGAAAGUUUGGAGUCACUCCAGCUUAAGUUCAGAGCGAGAGAGCAACUUUGUAGGAACCUCCAAGAUAAGGUCAGGGAAUUGGAAAGCCAACUAACUGACGAGAGAAAAACCAGACUUCUACAGGAGAACAGAGCUUCUUCUAUGGCUGCAACUAAAAGCUCAAUGGAGAAACCUCCAUUGUUCCCUGUUAAGAGGCCCCCACUGAGCAAACUCAUAACCAACAUCCCACCUCCUCAAUCAAAACCGCUCAUCCCCCCCAAAACACAAGCAGUCCAGAAAGAGAACAUUUCUCCAAUUACCAAUAUACCGGGGAUGAGAGCACGAAGAGUCUCAAUAUCAACUGCCUCUUCAUCAGUUAUUCGCCCCCUCACCAACAAGAGAAGACGGGUCUCUUUUGCUGAAGCAAUUCCUUCAAUGACCCAAUUCAAAAUGCACCAAGAAGAUGGCAAAAGCUACUUAAGAACAAGUAUGGAGAAGUCUCGACUUUCUCUCUCUAGAAAUCGUCGACGAAUUUCAAGAAUUUUUCCACCUUCUGCCAUGAAAGCAGCUGCUAUGACUCCUGACCGGAAGUUUAGUAACAAGUUUAGCUCGAGCCCAUCUAGUAGGAUUCAGGUGCCAUGGGAGCCCAACUUGCUCACUGUUUCUUCACCGAGGGUGCAUAGACUCUUGAGCCCAGUUAACCUAAGGAAUUUGAAGAACUCUCAUGCAUUGAACAAGUUUUGCUCGAGCCUUAAUAAAAAGGUUGUAACCACUACUGCUCUCUCCUCUCCAAGCACAACACAACACAAGAUGGGGAUCGGUGGAAUAACAGGGAAGUUUGGUUCAGCUCAACGUGUCUUGUGCAACAAUGUCCGAAGAAGAGCCAGCAUUCAACCAAUUACGCGAUAGUUCUCUGUCCCUCUCUUAUGCUUGUUUCCCUCCCAUUCUUGUUUUCAUUUCACAUACAAUGUUUUUUGUUCAUGUACUCAUCCAUUUGUUCACUUAAAUAUAUCAUACUGCAUUGCAUCGGUUAAUUC